UAUUAUCUAUGGUCUAUAUUGUGAUUUUAUAAAAUAACUGAGUGGUCUGCUUUUUCAUACCAAAUUAGUGUGACGUUCUUAAUGUAAUAUAGUUUUGUAAUAAUAAUGGAAGGAAAGCCUCCUACGACAAAGGGAAGGGGCGCAAAACUUAUUGAAGCAAUUAGAAAAGCUCAAGAGAUUCGUCCAGGAAAAGAGCCUUCUGAAGCAUCAACUUCUGAGCCACCACCACCAAAGCCAAGAGGCAGAGCAGCUUUACUUCAGAAGCUUGUUGAAGCAAAACACAAACAGCCUAUAGGAAUUGAGCCUUGUGCUGGUACAUCCGCUACAAGUAUUUCUGAGUCAGAAAGGGUUACUCCUGAAACAGAAACAAGGGUUUCUAGGCUUGCCGAGUCUUUAGCAGCAUCAACAAUUUCAACACCUUGCUCUUAUUUAGGUUCAAGUGGAAGCAGUGUUAAUAUAACUGCAAAUUACAUUAGACUGAGUGUAGAAGCAGAACGUGGAGUAUUUGAAUAUGAUUUAAGAUUUGAACCUCAAAUUGAUUCCAAAGGUUUACGUGUAAGAAUACUUAAUAUGCACAUGCCAAAAAUGGGUGGAGUUAAGGUAUUUGAUGGAGGAUCAUGUCUCUACCUACCUAUUAAACUUCCUGAAGUUAUAACUAUCUUUACGUCACAACAUCCUAAUGAUGAUCAUUCAGUAACCAUGAUAGUUACAUUUAAGAAAAAGAAGCGAUUGGGUGAAUGCAUCCACUUAUAUAAUGUCUUAUUCAAACGAAUAAUGAAUGCCCUUAUGUUUACACGUGUUGGUAGGAAUCAUUUUGAUCCUCAUCAUAGUCAUAUGAUACCUCAACACAAAUUAGAGGUUUUGCCGGGAUAUUGCAUUGCAGUGGAUGAAUAUGAAGGAGGAGUGAUGUUGUGUUUAGAUACCCAACAUAGAGUAUUAAGAACACAAAGUGUAUAUGACGUUUUGUGUGACUUGAGACUGACCUGCAAAGAAAGAUUUAAAGAGGCUGCUUUUAAAUCGCUCAUAGGUUCUUGUAUAUUAACAAGGUACAAUAAUAAAACAUAUAAAAUUGACGAAAUAUUGUGGGACAUUACACCAAAAAAUACUUUUAAGACUCAAACAGGAGAAGAUAUCUCAUACAUACAUUAUUACAAAAAACAACAUGACAUUGAUAUAAAAGAUAUUAAUCAGCCCUUGCUUUUAAAUAAAGUCACUCGGAAAAAAGCAGGUUCUUCUGAUAAAGAAGAUUUUUAUAUAUGCCUAGUACCUGAAUUAUGUUUUAUGACUGGCCUUACAGAUGAGAUGAGAUCAGAUUUUAAAGUUAUGAAAGAUGUUGCACAAUAUACACGGGUCACUCCUAACCAGAGAUUGAAGGCGAUGAUGCAGUAUAUUAAAAAUGUUAGAAAUAAUCCUCAGUCACACAAAAUCUUAGGGGAAUGGGGCUUGAAACUUGAAGAUGGCUCUAUAGAUUUGCAAGCAAGAGUUCUAAGCCCAGAAACUAUAAUAUUUGGCGGGAAUAAUGAAGCAAUUUCUGAUAAGGCUGAUUGGAAUAAUGUUGUAUGCAAAUAUAGCUGCUUAGGUCCUGUAGACUUAAAACGAUGGGUUAUAUUUUAUACAGCCAGAGAUACUAACUAUGCUAGAGACUUUGCUCAAAAUAUGUGUCGUCUAACAGGUCCAAUGGGAAUUAAUGUAAACAAGCCAGAAUUACAUGAAUUGAGGGAUGAUCGAACUAACAGCUACAUUGAAGCUAUAAAUGCUGUUGUUUCAGCAGAUAUUCAGGUACUCGUAUUUAUUUGUCCAACUUCACGAGACGAUCGAUAUGCUGCUAUUAAACGAAAGUGUUGUACGUCAAUUCCUAUUGCAACUCAAGUUAUCAAUUCCAGAACACUUUCUAAUCCCCAAAAGGUGCGUUCUAUAACGCAAAAAAUUGCAUUACAAAUAAAUUGCAAAUUGGGGGGUACCCUAUGGAUGGUUCGUUUUCCUGUUAAGACUUGGAUGGUAAUUGGCAUAGACGUUUAUCAUAGUCAAGGUAACAAAUCCGUUUGUGGUUUUGUUGGUAGUUUAAACGAAAACUUCACGCGGUGGUUUAGUAUCACCAUAUUCCAAGAAAGAGAACUUGGAAACCAAUUAAAAGUUGCGUUUGCGAAACUCCUCGAAAGAUUUCACGAAAUAAACGGAACAUUUCCCCAGAAAAUUAUAAUAUUUAGAGAUGGCGUAGGUGACGGACAACUAGCCCAUUGUCGUGACUAUGAAGUGGCUCAGUUCGAAGAAUGCUUGAAGAAAUAUGAAUUGGAUAAUACCAAAAUAUGCAUGGUUGUGGUUCAAAAGCGAAUAAAUACUCGUUUGUUUCUGAAAAGUAGGGACGGUUUGGAAAAUCCGCCUCCGGGUACUAUUAUGGAUAGCCAAAUAACACGACGUAAUUGGUAUGACUUCUUUUUGGUACCACAAAAUGUAAGGCAGGGUACGGUCACCCCCUCUCAUUAUGUAGUUGUAUAUGACGCUUGCCAAAUAAAACCAGAUCAUAUGCAAAUGUUAGCGUACAAAUUGUGCCAUCUUUAUUAUAAUUGGCCUGGCACCAUUAGAGUCCCCGCCCCUUGUCAGUAUGCUCAUAAAUUGGCCCAGCUUGUUGGCAUCCAUAUCCGUUCAGAACCAUCCAAUAAGCUUAUGGAUCGCCUUUAUUACCUUUAAAAAUACUUUAUUGACGGCAUUAGUUACUUAUUAUAAGUUACCUGAUACAUUUACGUUUAUAAUUAUUUUGGUUCAUACUUUUUCGUUUUUUCGUUAACAGUUUACUGUUAGGUGUUUCUUUGUCUUAUAAUUUACGGAAGGUGUUUAAUGAUUUUCUUGAAAGUAUUUUAAUUGAUUUCGUCCAUAAAAAAGAAAAAAACAAAAGUUUCUUAUAAUUAA